AGCAGCACUAGUAAAACAUAUCUCAAAGCAGAGAUCACACAUCAAAACUCCAGCGCCACAUAACUUUCCAAAUUUUCUUGAAACUCUCUAUAUUAUUACUUUCAUUUUUAUAAUUUUUAUAAGAAAAUCUUCACUAUGAAGCUAACAGAAUUUCUUGCCAAGAGUAAGGCCAAUGUAUUCGACAUUCAAAACAUAAAACAACUCAAUCUAUGGGGUAAUCAGCUUACUGAUGUAAGUCUUCUCCUUCAGAUCCCAUUUAUAGAGGUCCUGGCACUCGGUAAUAAUCAGAUCAGCUCACUGCGAGCCCUUAAAAAUUGUCAUAGUCUAAAGCAGCUUUAUUUGCUAAAUAACCAAAUUGAAAGCUUCGAAGAACUGAAUUAUCUAAAGGAUGCGAAAUCUUUGACCUUACUCUCCCUGAGAGGAAAUCCCUGUGCGUUGGCUGCCGGCGAUAAGUAUAGAAUUAGUGUCCUACACAUGUUGCCGCAGCUUAUAACAUUGGAUGACAUUGAAAUCACCGAUGAGGAGCGGCAUAAAGUAUUUGAAGAGCAAGAAUUCAGGAUACUGAUCUUGAGAAUCUGGAUUAUCAAGAUGAGCAAGAGUUCAAGAACUCGGUGGAUGUAGCAGCUCCUUCACAGACUGCUCCUGUCAGAGCCAUUCAAAGGGUCAUACCAACAAAAAGAACUAAUAGAAGAAUCCAGGGAGCUUCUGGCAGAAAUUCCAUGUUAUCAUUGAAGGGUAACACCGGUUCCUUGGUGCUUAAAUUUACUGUCCACCACGGUUUUCCCCACAAAAAUCUCUGGAAAGAAAAACCAACAACCAAAACAACAACCAAAGACAAGGACAUUGCUUCAGCCGCUGAAUGUGCUAAUGCAGUUACCUUAAGCCAGGAGCAGGAGCUCAGGGAUGCAAUUUCCCGAUUGUAUCCCGAGGAUUCCAAUAAAAUGGAACUCCCGGAACAGCAAAAUAGGGAUAAGAAUGCCAGACUUUUGAUGGCAACCCUUGCCCUGACCAAAGAGAUGGAUGCAACCACUCUGGAGGUACUUCGCCAAGCCAUUCAAGAGCAAGUUGAGAAGCUGCAGUCGGAGAUGGAUUAAGUUCUUCUUCCCCAGAAUCUACUU